AUGAACGGCGAAGCGAGCAUCCGCUGCGUCGUCCACCUGCGCGGCCUUCUCUGGUCGUGCACGCCUGACGACGUGCGAGCAUCUGUCUCGCCGCUCCUUCCUGCCCGUUGUUUCUUGCACGAUGUCUUCCUGCCGCUCGAUGCACGGGCGCGCCCCUCCGGCACCGCCGUGCUCGUGCUGCACGCGGAGCGGCCUGCCGCCGCCUCGAGCGAGCGCAGCGUCGACGCGGCGGUCGCCGCCGCCGCACGCCGCAUCGCAGUCGCUCUGGACGGCGCGGUCGUUCGCGGCGAUGACGAUGCCUCAGAGUCCGUGCGCCACCUCCGUGCCACGCCUUCGUCCGCCCGCGCGCUCAAGGAGAGCCGCGCCCGCUCGUCUGCCGCCGCCGCUCGUGCUUUGUCGCUCGCGCCGCAGAGCUUCAAUGCAGGCGCCGCAGCCGCCACCACUGCCAUUGCCGCUGCUCCGAGCCGUCGUGACUUUGUCGUCGUCUGCCACGCGGCGGCGGCGGCGGCGAGUGGCGCCUUUGAGCUGUCGGACCUCAGCCGUGGGCGCGUCGACCUCAUCGCGAGAUGCGCCUCUGCCGCCCUCUUCACGUCGCACGGCGUCCGGCGCGGCUGCCGCCUCUGGCUGCCUCUCGUCGGCGGCGGCCUCACCCUCUGUCUCGACGGAGACCGCGCGCGCCGGCUGAGGCCCGACGAGCGCUCAAUCGCCGCGCCUCUCCGCGUGGUGCUGAGGCGGCACGUGC